AUGGUUUAUCAAACUGUCAAUGGAAUUAGCCAGAUUUCUUUUAGUGUCGACGAAAGUGUGACACCCAAGAAGCCUACCUCUCUGCCAGAGGUAGCAAAGCAACGUGAAUUGAGUGGCACUCUAGAAGCUGAGGCAGACUCAAAGACCAAAAAGGGACUGUCAUAUGCCAAGUGCAAGGAACUCAGUGGAAAUAACAUUUUUGGCCCACCUCCGGAAAAUCUUCCUCGAUCAUUGGUUGUUGCACGUUCAUUGGAGUCGAAAGAAAAGGACAUGGGUGAGCCAGCACCAAGAAAUCUUCCAACCCUGCUGGAGGACAGAGUAAUAUUAUGUUUGAGGAUUCCGUGAUGUACUUUUUGAGUAUUAUUUCGAUCAUCAGAUUUUGCAUCACUUCUGAUUCUUUUGGUCUCUUCAGGUCAUCCAACUAUGCCACUCUAGUUAUGACAUAGCUUAUUGUAGUAGCUUCACAUAUGGUAUACUCUACUCUUAUUUUUAACCACAUGAUUGACACUGCUGCUGAUUACUGAAUUUUGAUUAUUUACUUUAUAAAG